AUGGCCUCACAGCCACCGCCGGGCACCGGACUGAUGUCGGUCGACACAGCUGACCCCGAACUGGGCUCCGGGACACCUCCGAAGCCGAACCCCACCACAAGAGCUAAGCGACGCCGCGACACCGAGGCUCAGCCAACUCGGCCUAGCCUAACGGGAAGCCAGCUUGACGCCACCAACGACGCCCCUCCCUCGGCAAAGGGGCCUGCAAUCUCUACAGCAGCUGCUCCGACUGGGUCCGCCACAGGUCUGUCGAACGCCAGCUUCGACGAUUCCAGAAAGCAGAUCGCGAAAGAAGCCACUGCCUAUGUCAUCCAAGCCCUCAAGAGACUGAUCAAUCACGAGACAACCCCAGCAGCGGCUCGGAGUUGGGCGGCUGUCGCCGCACCGAUGGCGGGCAACACCACUGCGGCGACCCGGAGCGGCCAGAGCUCUGCUCGCCCGAAGCCCCCACUCCCGGCUCAGGAUCGGCCGCAGGCGCAGUCGAAGGAGGACCUCCGCAUCUUUGCCCGCGUCCCGGAAGAAGGCUUGGCCGCCGCUCGGAAAAUCGCACCAUUUGCUGUACGCCAGAUCGUCUGCAAGGCCUCUGGCCUGGGGCUAGCGGACCUUCCCCACGCCUACCAUAUCGGCACAGGAUACUCUUUGAAGCCGCUAAACAAGCAAACACAGGAAAGACUACUUGCAAGUAAGGCAAAGCUAGCGGAAUGCCUCGGCGCCCCUCAAGUCGAGACGCCUAUCAGGUGGCACACUUACGUUGUGCCGCGAUGCCCAACAAAACUACACAGCAUUGGUGGGGACGUCCUGGACCCAGCCACGCUCGUUGAAGAUGAGGUUUUCGCACAGACAGGACAGAAGCCUGUCCUUGUCCGACCCUCCCGCGUUGGGCCCAACCCAGUCACGAACGAAAUCUCUUGGCUCAUAUCGUUCAUAUCAGAGGUCACGCCCUUCAGGCUCUUCAACCAAAGCGGCAGAUCUCUGCCCGUCAAGAAACGAAGGACGCUCAUCCGACACGACCCCGGCUGCCAGGGCCACCACUCCAACCGGUUCUGUGGACGACGACCGAUCUGCAGCAACUGCGGAAGACCUUCCGACUCGCACGAGACGGGACCUUGCAUGGCCAGGCCCCAGUGUGCCAACUGCUGCGGCCCCUUCCAAGCCAGCCACACAGACUGCCCAGCGAGGCCCUCGGUCGUAAACGGCGUCGUCUCCCUUCCCGGUCGAAAGGAGCGAGCUCGUAUCCGGAAGGCCGGCCAGAAAGUAUCGGACACUCUGUACAAGGCUGCUCGAUCCGACAGCAGCCAUGAGGCGGCAGGCGUCCCCACCCCUACCAGCCAGAACCAGCAGCCCGGCGCCAAGCGCGCGCGCACGAGAACGCCCUCCGCAAGCUCGAUCGUCUGCCUCGGCGACGGGAGCACUGACAGCAGCAGCAUGGGCGAAGACGAGGCGGACGAAGCCGAAGACUCUCCUCACAAUACUCACAUCGACCGUCCCGUGCUACCCCUGCCAAGCAGGAGUCAACGGGCAGCACAGAAGCCAAACUACAAUGUUGCGAAUGCCUACACCCACCUCGAACUCGACUCGGAGACGUAA